GUGUUGUGGGAAUAUCACAAUUAAUCUGCCCUAUAGCUGGCAGAUUCUCUGAUGAAUGCACUUCAUCGUUGGGUAGAAGGAGACCAUUUAUAAUAGGAUGUACGAUUAGUGGGAUUAUUGGAGUACUUCUCAUGUGGGCUGCCAGCGCCCUUAAACUCGG